AAUGAUCGAAGUAGCUGUGUCAUGUUCGGUCAUGUUCGUCUUUCCUGGAAACUAGUUUACUAUAGUGUUUCAGUAGCUGUUGUGUUUUUUUAAGACGGAAUUUUACCUAGUUUUUGUGUACUAAGUUCAUGACUUUAAAUUAAAUGAAAAUGGCUUCCAAAGUUAGAGUUUUCGUUGUGGGCGUUGGAAUGACAAAGUUUGAAAAGCCUGGCAGAAGGGAUGAUUUUGAUUACCCUGAGAUGGCAAAGGAAGCUGUAACAAAAGCUUUGAAUGAUGCUGGAUUGCAGAUAUAUGAUGUAAAACAGGCUUGCAUUGGAUAUGUCUAUGGAGAUUCAACAAGUGGGCAGCGAGCUCUGUAUGAGAUUGGUAUGACUGGAAUGCCUGUAUACAAUGUUAACAACAAUUGCUCAACUGGUUCAACAGCUCUUUUCAUGGCUAAACAACUUCUAGAAUCAGGAAAUGCUGAUUGUGUACUUGCACUGGGGUUUGAAAAAAUGGAAAGGGGUUCUCUUGCUUCAAAGUUUCAUGACCGAACAAAUCCGAUGGAAAAACAUGUUGAAGUAAUGGCUGAAAUUGCUGGUAUAAAUAAUAGUCCCAUCACUGCACAAAUGUUUGGAAAUGCUGGGAAGGAGCAUAUGGAAAAAUAUGGAACAACACCAGAACAUCUAGCAAAAAUUGCAUACAAAAAUCACAAACAUUCCAUAAACAAUCCCUAUUCACAGUUUCAAGAAGAUUAUAGUAUGGAACAAAUCUUGAACUCACCCUGCAUAUAUGGUCCCUUGACAAAGCUCCAGUGCUGCCCUACCUCUGAUGGAUCUGCUGCAGCUAUCUUGGCAACAGAAGAUUUUGUUCAUGCACAUGGAUUAGAGGGACAGGCUGUUGAGAUUCUGGGAAUGGAAAUGGCCACAGAUUUGCCAUCUACGUUUAAUGAUCGCAGCUGUAUGAAAAUUGUUGGUUAUGAUAUGACCAAGAAAGCUGCUGAGACAUUGUUCAGAAAGUCUAACUACAAACCACAGGAUGUGGACGUUGUUGAACUUCAUGACUGCUUCUCAGCUAAUGAACUUAUCACAUAUGAAGCUCUUGGUUUGUGUGAACCUGGAAAAGCAGGAGAAUUGAUUGAUUCUGGAAAUAAUACAUAUGGGGGCCAAUAUGUAAUCAAUCCAAGUGGAGGCCUCAUAUCCAAAGGACAUCCUCUUGGUGCUACUGGUUUGGCACAAUGUGCAGAGCUCUGCUGGCAGCUCCGUGGAAUGGCAGGGAGACGACAAGUGCCUGAUGCAAAGAUAGCUCUCCAGCACAACAUUGGUCUUGGAGGAGCUGUUGUUGUUGCACUGUAUAAACUUGGGUUUCCAGGAGCUUCUGAGGGAAGGUCUGUCAGCUUAAAUUACACCAAUGCAGGUAUUGAUCCAGAUGAUUUUAAGGCAUCCAUUUUGUUCAAAGCAUUGGAAGCAGCUAUGCAGGCAGAUGAAGACAAUCUGAUUGAGAAAGUGAGAGGAAUAUAUGCCUUCAAAGUGCGGAAUGGCCCAAAUGGCAAGGAAGGUUAUUGGAUUGUCAAUGCUAAGACGGAUAAAGGCAGUGUGGAAUUCAAUGGCAAAGCCAAACCUGAUGUCACAUUUAUAAUGGAUGAUGGUGAUGUUGUUGAUUUAAUUUCUGGAAAGUUGAACCCACAGAAAGCUUUCUUCCAAGGAAAGAUAAAGAUACAGGGUAACAUGGGAUUGGCAAUGAAAUUGCAGGAUCUUCAGAGACGAGCAAAGGACAGAAUUGAAGAAUUUAGGUCCAAGUUAUAAUAUAUAGAAUUUAGCCAUUCCAGAUAUUAAAUCAGGUGAAAGGCAACUUUUUUACUUUCUGACAAUAGAUUGUGUAUAUGUGCAUAUGAAAAUAAUUUUUUAUAUCCAGAAGGUUGGACUCUAAAUCUACAUAUUUUGUGCAGAAUGCUCUGAAAACUAGUUUUGUAGAUUUGCAAAGUUAUUCUUGCUUAAAAAUUUUUUGAAUACACUGAACUGCACGCAGUAGCGUAGUUGGUUAGGCACUAUGCUACAAGCUGGAAGGUCAUGGGUUUGAAUCCCAUUGAGGAGGAU